AUGUCGGGGCUCAGCUACUCGGAGAUGGAGGGCUGUCGUAACCUGCUCGGCCUGCUAGACAACGAUGAUAUCAUGGCCCUGUGCGACACCAUCACCAACCGAGUGGACGCCUCUCCAGAGGCCUCACCCGGACCCCAGGUGGCGGGAGCUUGGGAACAGAGGAGGUGCGAGACCUCGCGGGUCUUCACGGCCCGGACCGGGCUGGGGCGGAACUCUCGAGAGUCUCAGCCACCGCCCGUGCUCCGCGGCCGGGGACCCUCCCCGCACCUUCGGGAUGCCAUUCGUGCAAUAUUAGUAUACAGUCAAAGUGCAGAAGAACUUUUGAGGCGCAAGAAAAUCCACCGAGAAGUCAUAUUUAAGUACUUGGCGACACAGGGAGUUAUUAUACCUCCAGCUACUGAAAAACACAAUCUAAUUCAGCAUGCAAAGGAUUACUGGAAAAAGCAUUUACAGCCAAAAUUGAAGGAAACACCAGAGCCAGUUAAGACAGAGGACAUUAGACUCUUUCAACAGGAAAAAGAAGAUAAAAAUGCUGAAAAAGUUGAUUUUCGUCGAUUAGGUGAAGAAUUCUGUCACUGGUUCUUUGAACUUCUUAAUUCUCAGAAUCCUCUGCUGGGACCACCUCAAGAUGAAUGGGGGCCACAGCACUUCUGGCACGAUGUCAAGCUUAGGUUUUACUACAACACCUCUGAACAAAAUGUGAUAGACUACCAUGGUGCGGAAAUUGUAAGCCUUCGUCUGCUGUCACUCGUGAAAGAAGAGUGUCUUUUUCUCAGUCCCAACCUAGAUUCCCGGGGACUGAAAUGUGCUUCUUCUCCCCAUGGUCUAGUCAUGGUUGGGGUUGCUGGAACUGUCCACCGAGGGAACACCUGUUUGGGCAUUUUCGAACAAAUUUUUGGACUCAUACGCUGCCCUUUUGUGGAAAAUACUUGGAAAAUCAAAUUUAUCAAUCUGAGGAUUAUUGGAGAGCAUUCUCUUGCUCCUGGAACAUUAGUGAAACCAGCUAUUACUUUCGAACCUAGUGAUCUAGAGGCCUUUUAUAAUGUAAUUACUUUAUGUGGUACCAACGAAGCUCGCCUUAAUGCAAGGCAGGCAUUGGAUAGUGGAACUGGGGACCAGGCUUUACGCAGUGGUGAUGAGGCGUUGUUGAGCAGAAGAGAGCUGAGUUUACCCAGCCCUCUGAAGCACUGAGCCCUGUCUCUCAGUCUAAGGAAACCUAGACAGAAACUCUUCCAAGUAUCACCUCAGUUUUGUUUAAGGGAUUUCAGAUGGGGAGGAUUGCCCUAUUUUAGUUGAAAUAUCUUUCUUGACUGAAGACCAAUAUAUCAUGUGAAUACUUGCCUCUUUCUACCUGAGUUGCAGCAAUGUUCCGAGAGCUUAAUGCAGUUCAUCAAAUAAAUCCCACUUUAGGUGAUAUAACUAACGGUGUGCCUUAGAAAUCAGGUAAUACUUUCAUUUUACUUAGUAUUCUAACAUCUGUACUUUUCAUGUGAGAGAGAUUUUUUGUAAACUCAAAGGUUAUUUUAGGAAACUUGAAUAACAUUUUCACACAAAACGUCCAAUAAUUCAGCAGGCAGAUAAAAAUUUACUUUGCCUUUUUAAAUUUGACAAACAUUUUUCAAAAAUUAACUGUAGUAGUCCAAGCUGAUCUAAGCCUUCCGCUAAUAGUUUUAUAGAGCAUUUAUUGUAAUACCAUAUAAAGGAAACAUACUGUUGAAAUUUUUAAAAAGGUGUGCCCAGUUCCUUUACCAUUUUCCUCUUGUUUGAUCUUGGAAGAGGUGACAAAAACCCAAAAAACAAAACACACAUACACAAAUUUAUAACAUGGGAUAUCUAUUAUAUACAUAUAUAUAGAUAUAGUCCCACAUCAUAAAUUAAAAUUAUUAGGAUUUUUCACCCCUAAAUGGUUAAUACUAGGUUUAAAUUACAAGAUGAAGUUGCCAGAUUAAUUUCAUAGUUGCUUUGGGGUUUAAAUUCCUCAUCACCUGGCAACUAUUUGCUGAUCUUGGAUUUAGUAAUUUUAAUUUACAAAAAUGCCGUAUGAAAAAAAUUCAGCUGAAAGAUUUUGUGAUGAUGUGCUGUAAAUGUUAAAUUUUUGCCUUUAACUUCUCAUCAUCUAGGGUAAUAAUUUUUGGAAGCAAGAGGAAGAACUCAUCUCUUUUUGUUUUUUUUUAAUGCCAUGCCUUUAUGAGGAGUACAAAUUGUUAUGCCUAAAAAUAAGGACUUAAUAAGGAGGCGAAUCCCGUGUCUGCUCUAAAAAUAGAGUAUUGUUUAGAUUUGAAGCCAGGUUAUGGUUUUCUCCUUUAAGUGUAGAGUGUCAUUAUAACAUGUACUCAAUAAAUAACCUGAGUAAAGGAUAAAAUUAUAAA